CUUUGCCUCUCGAAAGUUGAAAAACCCCCCACACCAUCUAGGGUUUAGAAUUUUUCAAUUUGUGUUCCUUUCGUCUUUGAGCCGUGAUCCUGUAUUCUCUCAAGAAAGGUACAAUUCUUUCUUGAAAUUAAACAACCCCAAAACCACGUUCAGUAUUGGGUGUGGCGUGUGUGAGAGAAAACGCACCAGUUCUUAUGAUCAACAUGUUUGCUCUAUUUAAAGUUCAUUUGGGGCUCCUUCAUUCCUCUUAUCCUUUCUCCUUGUUGGGUUUAUUUAUCUGCUUUUCUGAACAAACCCCUUUCUUGGCUUAAGUAAUCAAAUGGCUUUCAUUUGCUGAGAAAGGGUAUUAUUUCCAAUUGAGCUUUCCUCUGUUUCCCCUUCUUGGCUAUCUCUGAAUUUUGUUCCUCUGUGCAAAAUUGCCAUGUUAAUGGCCUGAAUGUAGAACUUGAGGAGUUACCCAUAUUGCCAUUUUCACGAAUACUGCUUCUUUACAACAAGGAUUUCAUUCCAUUUUCAUCAGUUUCUUUCAGGAAUUUAAUCGAACAUCUGGGCUACCCUUUGAACUCUUUGCCUAGGUGUUCAAUCUGUUGUUCGCAUCAUGGGUUGUGUGCAUGGCAAGUGUUGUAGUCGCUACCCAUCACCAUCGGAUAGUGAUUCCAAGGACAAUGGGGAGGUGACUAGUCGCAAGAACAGACACCUCAUUACCCAAAGAGCAUUGGAGCACGUUGCUGUUCCACCUCACAACUACACUUUGCAGUAUUGCUUCUUAACACAGCGUGGUUAUUACCCAGACGAUCCUGACAAGGGAAACCAAGACAGUUUCUGCAUCAAAACGAAACUUCAAGGUAACCCAAAUAUCCAUUUCUUUGGGGUAUUUGAUGGGCAUGGCCAAUUUGGUACUGAGUGUUCGAAUUUUGCCAAGGAUAGGCUUGUAGAAAUUUUGGCCAAUGACCCCACGUUGGCAGAUGAUCCUGUGCAAGCUUAUAAUUCAGCCUGUAUGACAACGAACCUAGAGUUGCAUGAUAGCGAGAUUGAUGAUUCAAUGAGUGGUACCACUGCAAUUACUGUUCUUGUUAUUGGAGAUACCCUUUAUGUUGCAAAUGUUGGUGAUUCGAGGGCGGUGAUUGCUGUUAAGGAUGAAGAUCGAAUUUUGGCGAAGGAUCUGUCUCAUGAUCAAACGCCUUUUAGGAAAGACGAAUGUGAGAGAGUAAAGGAGUGUGGAGCCAGGGUUUUGAGUGCUAGUCAAGUGGAAGGAUUUGGGGAUCCAGAUAUUCAGAGUUGGGGUGACGAAGAGACUCAUGGUGGCGAUCCUCCGAGGUUGUGGGUUCAGGAUGGAAUGUACCCUGGGACUGCAUUCACCAGGAGUGUGGGAGAUCGCAUCGCAGAGAAUAUUGGCGUGAUUGCUGAUCCUGAGGUGUCUACCAUCCAGCUUACACCUAAUCAUUUAUUUUUCAUCGUUGCUAGUGAUGGGGUUUUCGAGUUUCUAUCUAGCCAAGCUGUUGUCGACAGGGCAGCAAGAUAUUCGGAUCCCCGGGAUGCAUGCUCAGUAAUUGCAGGAGAAUCCUACAAAUUAUGGUUGGAUCAUGAAAACCGGACUGAUGAUAUUACAAUCAUUAUUGUAGACAUUAAAGACUUAUCUAAUGUAGCAUGAUUUGAAUCUUACUCAGGCUGUUUAUCUUGCUAUUUUUUAAAUAAAAUUAAUGCUUUAGUAAGACCUUGUCUCCUAUUUCUUCUGCUAGUUUCUAAGAGCUGGAAUCAAAUAUGGUACGUUGUAUGCUCAAGACACUUCCAUUUUGCAUUGUCUACUUUGCUGAAUUGUACGCAAGUACAGCAAAUGUGUAUACAUUACUUAUUUAGGGUAAAAGGUUUGGAUUUGAUUGGUUGUCUUGUAGGUGGCUUGAAUUUCUAUCCACCUUUGUUGUAAAAAGUAGGGAAAGUUCUAUUUCUAGAGGCUGUAGUUGAUACAUAGCCAGUGCAUUGGAGGAUGAGGUGGGAAUUUUACCCCUAUUAAGUGGUUUGUAAUCACUAAUUGUUCUUGUGUUUGCUGCAGUCAAGUGCUGGUGCCACAGAUAGAAGGACCCAUAGGUCAAGCAAAGGAACUGACUCCCCUGUCUCCAGGCGGAACGUGGAAGUAAUUUCUUAGAUUGUCAGCAACCUUAUCAUUACAGUGUUUCUAUGAAUCAAAGUGGAGCUAUUAUUGUUGCCUCACCAGCGAGUCAGAGGCCCUCAGAAAGCUCUGUUCUGGAUGUGGGUUAGUGGUGCAACUGGAAGCAAACAGGCUUGUCUAC